CGGGAUGGGGGGAGGGAGGGGGGUCUGCGCCUAUAAUAAACCCGAGGAGCAGUCCUUCUCCUCAGGCUGGACAGAAACGAGCUGCGCUUCAGCUGGAACCACUGAGCAGAAGAUUUAACUUUAAAGAAGAAGAAGAAAAAAAUCCUUUAAACAAUUGAAAUUCACAGUAAAAUCUACAUUUUUUUUCUUCUUGGAAACUCUGAGCGCAUUUUUCAUUUAUUUUUUUAUUUUUAUUUAUCCUAAAAGAAAGUUUGAGAUUUGAUCUCCAGCGAUGUUUCCAGAGGCAAAUAAAGGCUACAGCUACGACGACUGCAAAGCCACUGCUGAUUGGCUGCUGGCACAGACGGACAUUAAGCCCAGAGUUGGUAUUGUUUGUGGGUCGGGGCUCGGAGGACUAGCCGACCUGUUAAAGGACCAGGUGGCCUUCAACUACAAGGACAUCCCCAACUUUCCUCAGAGCACAGUGCACGGGCAUGCAGGACGGCUGGUGUUUGGCACCCUGAAGGGAAGGGCGUGCGUUUGCAUGCAGGGUCGCUUCCACCUCUACGAGGGCUAUGCCGUCCAGAGGAUCACUCUUCCCAUACGCAUCUUUAAGCUGCUCGGUGUUGAGACGGUGAUACUGACCAACGCCGCUGGGGGGCUGAACGAGGACUUCAAGGUGGGGGACAUCAUGGUGAUCAAAGACCACAUCAACCUGCCCGGCUUUGCUGGGAACAACCCUCUGGUUGGACCCAACGAUGAGAGAUUUGGCGUCCGCUUCCCUUGCAUGUCAGACGCAUACGACCGAGAGCUGCAGCAGCUGGGCAUGGACGUGGGUCAGGAGCUGGGAUAUGGAGAUUUCCUGAAGGAGGGCGUGUACUGUGCGCUUGGCGGUCCGUCGUUUGAGACGAUUGCUGAGUGUCGCAUGCUGCAAAAACUGGGUGUAGAUGCAGUUGGCAUGAGCACAGUUCACGAGGUAGUGGUCGCCCGCCACUGCGGCAUGCGCGUCUUCGCCCUCUCGCUAAUCACCAACCAGGCAGUGGUGGACUACGACAGCGAGGAGAAGGCCAACCACGAAGAGGUCCUUCAAGCCGGGAAGCAGCGAGGCCUGCAGAUGGAGCACCUGGUGUCCACCAUGGUGACCCGGAUCGAGCACAACAACAACUACAUCUGAGAACAAGGACUUAGUCACGGCUUCUCUUUACUGUCAAACCAAAGAAAAUCUGUCUGUAUGUGCAAGUCUCUAAAACGGUUCCCUCCUCUGUGCUGUAUAGGACACACAUUCCUUUAAUUGGUUUUCUGACAGAAAAAAAGCCAUUUUUGUGUUUUAGCAGAAACAUUUUUUAAAAAACUUGUUCUGCUAUGGAUCCAUCCCAGAUGUUUUUGUGUAUUAUUAUUCUAACUUAUGAUCCACUUUUAAAAGCCUCUGCAAUUUAACUUAACAAUGAUCAUAAAUCGACUGUAAAAAUGUAAUAUUGCUUGUGUACACCGAGUGUAUUAGUGCUUGUUUUUUUAAUAUGACUGUUGUUACUAAAAGUGUUAUUUAUUACUGAA